AUGGACGAUAUCUUCAGGAUGAGAAAAGGUCUGUACCUUUUGUUCUUACUCUCUCUGUCUGGAGUGGUGUGUGUCUCUAUUCGCUAUUCUUUGCCUGAAGAGAAGAAAAGUGGGUCUCUGGUGGCUAAUGUGCUGAAGGAUUUGAAGCUGGGACCAGGGGAGCUCUCUGCUCGCAGAGCCCAGCUAGUUUCCAAAAGCCAUAAGCAAUAUUUCCAGCUGGAUACCCAUUCUGGGAAUCUGUUUGUAAAUGAAAAGAUAGACAGAGAAGCUUUGUGUGGUGAGAUGGAUUCUUGCUUACUUUUGUCUGAAAUUGUGCUCCAGAACCCCUUAACAAUCUACAGCAUUGAGAUGCAGAUAGAAGAUAUAAAUGACAACUCUCCAGCAUUCUCUCAAACUGAACUUGACCUGUCUAUUCCUGAGAAUGCUCCCACAAAUAGUCGAUUCCCACUGGAACCAGCCCAAGAUAGAGACUUGGGCAAAAACAGUAUUCAGAACUACACCCUAAGUCCCAAUGAGAAUUUUCAGCUGGAAAUACAAAGUGGCAGGGAUGGAAAUAAAAAUCUGGACCUUGUUCUGGAAAAACCACUAGACAGGGAGAAGGAGGCUCAUUUGUUGCUGACUCUCACAGCAGUUGAUGGAGGGUCGCCCCAGAGAACGGGCACAGUUCAAAUAAAUAUUAAGGUUCUGGACAUUAAUGACAACUUCCCUCAGUUUGCACAAUCUGAAUAUAUAGUGAGUUUAAAGGAAAAUAGCCCUCCAGAUACUCUGGUCUUGAAAGUGGAAGCAAGAGAUUUAGAUUUUGGUUCAAAUGCAGAGGUCACUUACUCAUUCCAUCAGGUGCCUGAGAGAAUAAGCAACUUGUUCCAGUUGCAUCAAAUGACUGGGGAAAUCACCGUUUUAGGUCCAAUUGACUAUGAAAAAGAAACCAAAUAUUAUAUGAAGAUCAAGGCAACGGACGGAGGUGGUCAUACAGGCCAUUGUAAGGUCCUGGUGGAAAUCGAGGAUGAGAAUGACAAUGUACCUGAGAUCUCAGUCAUAUCUGUCACCAGCCCUUUGGCAGAAGACUCUCCUUUAGAUACCAUGGUCAUCCUCUUAAGUGUCACAGACCGAGACUCUGGAGAAAAUGGUAAGACUUCCUGCUCCAUGGAGAUGAACUUGCCCUUUCUAUUAAAAAACACUGUGAAUAAUUAUUAUCAACUGGUGACCCAAACGCCGCUGGACAGAGAGAAAGUCCCUGAGUAUAACAUCACCAUCACAGCGACUGAUCAAGGUUUUCCCAGGCUCACUACAAAGAGAACAAUUACAGUUUUAAUCUCAGAUGUCAAUGACAACUCUCCAGCAUUUGAGAAGUACAAGUAUGAAAUGCAAGUGUGGGAAAACAACAUUCCAGGCCUGCUGAUGGGUUCAGUCCGUGCUGUCGAUCUGGACGUGGAGCAGAAUGCCAAGGUGACCUACUCUCUUGUGCCUGGAAAUGCCAGUGGUGCUCCUGCAGCCUCUUUUGUUUCCAUCAACUCUGAGACGGGGAAUCUCUUUGUCCUGCGGUCUCUGGAUUAUGAGCAGAUCAAGGAAUUCCAAGUGAUGGUGAGGGCUUCAGAUGGGGGCUCUCCUCCACUGAGCUCAGAGGUUGUUGUUCGAGUUGUGAUCCUGGAUGAAAACGAUAAUGCCCCCUUCUUCCUCUACCCACUUCAGAACAGCACCUCCCCCUACAACGAGCUGGUUCCCAAGAUGGUGGAGGCCGGUUACCUGGUCGCCAAGGUGGUGGCUGUGGAUGGGGAUUCAGGCCAGAACUCUUGGCUUUCCUAUGAACUGCUGAAGGCUACAGAUCCCGGCCUUUUCAGCAUAGGAGUCCAGAAUGGAGAAGUCAAAACCAAAAGACCACUGACGGAGCGAGAUGCAAACAAGCAGAGACUGAUUAUCCUGGUGAGAGACAACGGCCACCCUCCCCAGUCCAGCACUGCAACCCUGAAUGUACUUCCGGUGGAUGGCUUUUCCGAUCCUUAUCUGAAUAUUGCAAGUGUCAGUCAUGAAGUCGUUGAAGAAGAUGGCUCCUUGACCAUGUACCUGGUGAUCUGCUUGGCUGCGGUGUCCUUUGUGUUCCUGAUUUGCAUCAUUGUGUUUGUUGCCAUUAAAAUGUACAAGAAAGACUCUAGUUUUAUCACCGCCCUUCCUCAGUUCCCACCUGCCUUACCUGAGAUCCCAGAAACUGGUGUCGAUUCUCAGAGUGGAUCACUUUCCCGGACUUACCAUUAUGAUGUUUGCCUAACCGGUGGAUCACUAAGCAGCGAUUUCAGAUUCCUUAGGCCUCUCAUUCCUGUUUUCUCUAUGGGGGACCCAAAUAUCUCUGAGAAUCACAGGAUUUCUUCUGUCUCUCAAGAGACUCAUCAGCAGGCAGAAGGCCAAGAACAAAGAGAACAGCAGUGCGAACAGGAACCUAACAGGCAGAGACACUCUGAAUGCAGAGGGAAGGAAGCUGAUGGGAAGAUUCAAGGACAAAAAGCAAUGGACACAGCAGAUCAAAAUUAA